GGUCCUGUUCAAGUUGCUGUUGGGAGAUUUGAAGCUAAAACUUCAAAAACACUCAAAAUUGAAUCAAUGAUCAUUUUAGCAAUUUGUGGUCUAUUGAUGGAAGCUCGUAACAUCCCAAAGACGCCGUCAUUGAUGAGGGAAUUCCUUCGCCAGGUGGGAGGAGUCGCCAUUAUCGACGGUGGAUUGGCUACGGAGCUGGAACGCCACGGCGCUGACCUGAACGAUCCCCUCUGGAGUGCCAAAUGCCUUCUCACUUCUCCUCACCUUAUUCGCUCCGUACACCUUAACUACCUUGAAGCUGGUGCAGAUAUUGUUAUCACAGCAUCCUAUCAGGCCACCAUUCAGGGGUUCGAAGCAAAAGGCUUUUCUAGAGAACAAAGUGAAGCCUUGCUUAAAAAAAGUGUGGAAAUCGCCUUUGAGGCUAGGGAUAUGUAUUAUGAAAGAUGUAAAAGUUCUUGUGAUGGAGUAGGAGAUGGUACAAUACUCAAAAUUCGUCCCAUCUUAGUUGCAGCAUCUGUAGGCAGCUAUGGGGCUUAUUUGGCUGAUGGGUCUGAGUACAGUGGGGACUAUGGUGAUGCAAUGACGCUAGAAGCUUUGAAAGAGUUUCAUCGUAGAAGGGUUCAGGUCCUGUUAGAGGCAGGACCUGACCUAAUAGCAUUUGAAACAGUUCCGAACAAGAUAGAAGCUCAGGCUUAUGCUGAACUAUUAGAGGAAGAAGACAUAAAGAUUCCUGCUUGGUUUUCUUUCAACUCAAAAGAUGGCAUCAAUGUAGUUAGUGGUGAUUCUUUGCUAGAAUGUGCAUCAAUUGCUGAAUCAUGCAAGCAAGUUGUUGCUGUUGGAAUCAACUGCACGCCUCCUAGAUUUAUCCAUGAUCUGAUUUUAGCUAUUAAGAAGGUCACUACCAAACCUAUAGUUAUAUAUCCCAAUAGUGGUGAGAGUUAUGAUGCAGAUCGGAAGGAAUGGGUGGUAAACACCGGAGUGUCAGAUGAAGAUUUUGUCUCCUACGUAAACAAAUGGUGCGAAGUUGGGGCUUCCUUUGUCGGAGGUUGUUGUAGAACUACUCCAGAUACUAUAAGAGCCAUAUACAGGACACUUUCCCACAGAUCUCCCGCUGCACCCAUGCAGUAAUUAUAACCAACAGCUUGAUUAUAUAUGCAACCGGGAUGCUGAGCUGCUGAGAUUUUCGUUUCGUGACGGGCAUGCGGCUUGUCAGUUUUGGGCAUUAGAAGUGAUAACAAAUCUGAGGGAUAGAGUCUUGU